UUCAGAAACCAGAUGCUCUCUAGCUUCAAUCUUCACACUAUGGCUUCUUCUUCUUCUUCUUCUUCAAUAAUGCUUCUGCUUCCCCUGUUUCUUGCUCUGACUUUUCAUGUUGCUGCUGCUAACUUCAACCGAGACUUCCAGCUUACGUGGGGAGAUGGUCGUGCAAAGAUACUCAACAAUGGAAAUCUUCUCACUCUGUCCCUUGACAAAGCCUCUGGCUCUGGCUUCCAGUCCAGCAAUGAGUACCUGUUUGGCAAGAUUGAUAUGCAGCUGAAGCUUGUUCCUGGUAACUCUGCUGGCACUGUCACUGCCUAUUAUCUAUCUUCUAAAGGAUCAACGUGGGACGAGAUUGACUAUGAAUUCCUUGGAAACCUAAGUGGAGACCCUUAUAUCCUUCACACCAACGUGUUUAGCCAGGGCAAGGGUAACAGAGAGCAACAAUUCUAUCUCUGGUUUGACCCAACAGCAGAUUUUCACACUUACUCUAUCCUCUGGAACCCCCGACACAUUGUUUUCUCUGUGGAUGGUACACCAAUCAGAGUGUUCAAGAAUUUGGAAUCAUUUGGUGUUCCGUUUCCAAAGAAGCAGCCAAUGAGGAUAUACUCUAGUCUCUGGAACGCAGAUGACUGGGCAACAAGAGGAGGACUGGUAAAGACGGAUUGGUCCAAAGCUCCUUUCACUGCCUCUUACAGAAACUUUAAUGCUAAGAAUGCUUGUGUGUUCUCCAAUGGAAGAUCUUCAUGUUCCUCAAAUGCAUGGCUUUCUCAAGAGUUGGAUUUAACCAGCCAGCAGAGGCUUCGUUGGGUGCAGAAGAACUAUAUGAUUUACAAUUACUGUACUGAUCACAAGAGGUUCCCACAAGGCUUCCCACCCGAAUGCACUCGCUCUUAGAUAAAAAUUUAAUCCAAAUUUUCUCUUUCUUUUUUCCUUUUUUUUUUUUUUUUUGGGUUUGAGGGUUUGAGCUAGUUAUGAUAUGUACCAUAUGUCUUAUUCUUUUAUACUGCUUGUGUAUUUUCUGCCUACUGUUUGUUCUUUAUCCAGUGUAAAAAUAUAAUAAGAGUUGAGUUUUUUCUUA